GGGCGUUGCCCAGUGGCGUAACUUUGCCUUCGGUAUUCUAGUAAUAGGUGUGGCCAUUUGAAAGCUCUUAACAACUAGCUCUAUUAGCUAAGAAUACUCUGCUGCGAUGGCCUCUGUUUGGAAUGAUUUGGAUCUCCUUGUGGAUUCACCCUCCUCGUUGACUGUAACGUCAACAGCCCGAGGAACCAUUAAAGACAAAGCCGGAUUCAAAGCAACAGAAGAUGUACUUGCUCUACAGAAGGCAAUUGACGGAUUAGGUACUACUGAGAAAACCCUAGUCGACAUUCUGACUGGGAGAAGCAACUUCCAGCGUCAGCUUAUCUGUAAAGCCUACUUUGAAACUACUGGCAGGAAUUUAGUGGAUGACCUGAAGGGGGACACCCAUGGGGACUUUGAGGAUCUGCUAGUGGCUUUGGUCACUCCUCCUGCUCUCUAUGACUUCCAUGAGGUCAAGAAAGCCACAAAGGGAGCUGGGACAAUUGAGGACACUUUAACAGAGAUAUUUGCCUCAAGAUCCAACCAGCAAAUGAAGGCUCUGUCUGAUGCAUAUUUAGCAGAAACUGGAAGAUCUAUGAUCCAUGACCUCAAGACUGAAGUAUCGGGGGACUAUGGGAAAACAAUUCUCAUCUUAGCUGAGGGAAAGAGGGAUGAAAGUAAGACUGUGGACCCAGUCAAAGCAAAAGCGGAUGCUAAGGCCCUGUAUGAAGCUGGAGAGAAGAAGUGGGGGACUGAUGAAAGCAAGUUCAUUGACAUCCUCUGUAGCCGGAGUGUCCCUCAGCUGAGGCAGACACUAGUGGAGUACAAGGCCCUUAGUAAAAAGACCCUUCAGGAGAGCAUUGAGAGUGAGAUGUCAGGGGAUCUAGAAGACCUUCUGGUGGCUAUUGUGAAAUGUGUGAAGAGUGUUCCUGCCUACAUGGCGGAGAGACUUUAUAAAAGCAUGAAGGGUGUCGGGACCACUGAGUCCACUCUGACCAGGAUAAUGGUCAGCCGCUCUGAGAUUGACAUGCUGGAUGUCAGGGCAGAGUAUAAAAAGCUCUUUGGCUGUUCUCUCUACUCAGCUAUCAAGUCUGACACGGGAGGAGAUUAUGGCGAAGCACUUCUGAAACUCUGCAGUGAAGACGACUGAUUUGAGACUACUUGUCUACUCCACGGAGGCCCCAGUCACUGAAGGAUCCUAAUAAUAUGAAGGCUUUAGUAUCUGGCUCCGGUUCGUCUGUGCCUACAUUAACUGAAAAGAUAUGUUGGAUAUUUGUGUUUUCAAUAAAGUUUGUAUCUGUAUG